CUCCGUGAAUGACUCGACGGAGGAAAAUCGACCGGACGUCGCCGCGACUCUAAGCGGUUUGUUCGCCGGACUUCCGACCUUGGCGGGUCCCCAACGACUUGCCAAUUCCCUCAGGCAGAGAUUUGCUAACAAUUCUGGUUACCCCCGGCCCGGCCUGAUGCGCAUCGUCCCAAUCGCGACGAUCUCCUCGUCACGCUCGCUCGCAAGGUCGCACAUGCUGAUCGCGAUUAGUUCCUCUCGUUAGUUCUACUAUCAUCACUAAGGUCCACCGAAGAAUUCUGGAUACUGCUUGUUCCGGCAAAUCAGCUACAGGAUGACGACGUUACCGAUAAUCAACAUGGAGAUUGGCGAGCUGAAAGAGAUCGUUUGGACGAAGCUACAAGAGCCAAAAGCGCAACGUAAGCUCGUCCUGGUGAUCGUAUCGGUGGCGUUACUGCUCGACAACAUGCUGUAUAUGGUGAUCGUACCGAUAAUACCACAUUAUUUAAAAUACGUCAAUACGUAUGGGGAAGAAGAUGAACAAGGCAAUGAAACCGUUCCUAUAUCGCAUCAUGGACAAGACUCGGCAACGGGAGUGUUAUUCGCGUCUAAAGCGAUCGUACAGCUGAUGGUGAAUCCGUUUUCGGGUGCGCUAAUCGAUAGAAUCGGUUAUGAUAUUCCAAUGAUGAUAGGCUUGUGCAUCAUGUUCCUAUCGACGGCCGUAUUCGCUUGCGGCAAGAGCUAUGGUGUAUUGUUCUUUGCUAGAAGCCUUCAAGGAGUGGGUUCAGCUUUUGCGGACACUUCUGGUCUUGCUAUGAUAGCCGAUCGCUUCACUGAAGAAUCAGAACGUUCAAAGGCUCUUGGAAUAGCUUUGGCCUUCAUAAGUUUUGGCUGUUUGGUAGCUCCGCCAUUUGGUGGUGCUUUGUAUCAAUUCGCUGGUAAGGAGAUGCCUUUCUUGAUAUUGGCUUUCGUCAGCUUGGCCGACGGUUUUAUGUUACUACUAGUAAUGAAACCUAUGAAGGAACAAUUGAAGGAAAGACAUCGCGAACAUACACCGACGAUACCAAUCUGGCGACUUUUAAUGGAUCCCUAUAUCGCUGUAUGUGCUGGUGCUCUCAUGAUGUCGAACGUAGCGUUGGCCUUUUUGGAACCAACCAUCUCACUUUGGAUGGAAGAUCACAAUAUAACUCACGAUUAUUGGAAGAUGGGUAUGAUCUGGCUACCAGCAUUCUUCCCUCAUGUCUUCGGUGUCAUAAUUACCGUCAAAAUGGCCAAACAGUAUCCCCAACAUACAUGGUUAAUGGCAGCCGGUGGUCUUGCUCUGGAAGGACUCUGUUGCUUCAUCAUUCCAUUCUCGACCUCGUACAAGGCCUUAAUGAUUCCAAUUUGUGGAAUCUGUUUUGGCAUUGCUCUUAUCGACACUGCUCUUUUACCGACGCUUGGAUAUCUCGUGGACGUCAGAUAUGUGUCAGUUUACGGUAGUAUCUAUGCCAUUGCAGACAUUUCCUACAGCAUUGCGUAUGCAGUUGGUCCUAUAAUAGCCGGUGGUGUAGUUGAAGCGAUCGGUUUUACGGCUCUUAACAUUGGCAUAGCCUUUUCAAAUCUCCUUUACGCACCUGUUCUUUAUUAUCUCCGACAUAUUUACGAUUUCAAGCCAUUCCAAGACGAAGCUAAUGUAUUAAUGCAAGAUCCACCCGACAAAGAAUAUCAAACUUAUGUACUUCAAGAGCAAAGACCGAUAUCCGGUGAGCUUGGUAAUCAUUUAAAUCAAACUCGAAUGGAAACGGACGUCGAUCAAAAUUAUGAUCCAAAUUAUCAGACUAUGCAAACUACAGGAUAUGAUCAAAGUGGAUACGGUCAAAAUAUCGGAGCUCCUGCUUAUAAUCAAGCUAGUGGUUACGAGCAACAAGCUCCUACGUAUGACCAACAACAAACACCUUUAAAUUAUGCACAACCAGUUGGAUAUAUACAACAACCGCAACAACAACAACAACCAUCACUACUACAACAACAACAACAACAACAACCUUAUACACAACAGGAGAUGCAAGAACAACGGGGAUCGCAAAUGGAUGUGAAUCCGUUCAGAAGAGUUCCUCCUGAUGUAAUCGAACAGCAAAGACCAGCCGGUGACAGCAAUCCUUUUAGGCAAGGAUUGUAUUAGUCAUACAUCAUCAAUGAUUAAAAAAAAAAAAAAAAAGGAAGAAUAGCACAUUCGGGAUAAUUUAUGAUCCUGAUCGACAUCGAGUGUUCGAGACUAGUCUUCGAAAGACAUAGGCUUCCAGUUAUGAACAAAGAAGAAGAAAAUGAUGUCUCGUAAGGCAUGAUAGGACACUAUCUAUUCAUUUUAUAAUCAAUUCAAAUCCCAUUGGUAUACCCUACGCGUUUUUUCGACUUUCAGUGCUUCAUACAUAUAUAUUCCUCGAUAAAAGAAGAAAUUUAUAUAACACACAACGAAUCUCUCAACGUUAUCACACAAUCGAACUAAUAAUAUCUUUAUAACAAUCUAUUGCUUGAAAAUUCCAUAAUAGAGAAGAAAAAUGAUAAUCAGGCCAGUGAAAUCAAAUACCUUACAUCUAUAAUUCGCUUAUCUAAUCGAAUUCGAUAUAAAUCUAUUUGCUAAAAAAUACCGUUGGCCUGUAAUACAUACAUCCAAAAGAGGAUCAACAUUAAUCAUGGGAUAUACUAUUAAAAUAUACCAGAAAAAGAGAAAGAGAGAGAGAGAGAGAGAAAGGUAUCAGGAGCUAGUAUUUUACGUUUUCGAGUUUCACCUUUAAAACAUGCAAUUAGCAGGAUACGAAGGAGGCAAGAUUAACGUUCCUGUAAGUGUAAUUUGACUAAUUAUCAAACCACCACCAGGGAACUGUUAGUUAUGAAGGAUUGGCAAAACGAUUAUGGAUAGAAGAAUCGCUUAAAGAAAAGAUGGUGCUAAGAAUCGCAGUAUAUCGAGGAGACAAGCAUAAUUACGUAGAGAGAAAGAAAGAAUACGUGAGAAUGAACGAAAGAGAGGAAGAGAGAGAGAGAGAGAGAGAGAGAGAGAGAGAGAGAGAGAGAGAGAGAAUGAUAUCAAUUACCUCUACAAAGUGUGAAUGAAUAGAAAGAGAAGUAGAGAUAUCCGCGUAUGAAGGCUUCCACUCAGCAAGGACCUUCUUUCACGGAUUGCCAUUGGCAAGUUUUCCGUUUUUAUUGUUUCUUUGAAAACAUUUUCAUUGCUGAAUCGAAAUACCAUAUCAUUAAUUAAGACAUCAAAGAGAGAUCUAGAUAUAUAAGGCUUUAAUAUUAGGUAAUUUAAUUCUAUAGGAAAAGAGAUGCAAUUUCGAAAAAAUGUCUCUAUUAUUCAAAUGUUCAUCAGUGAUUAAGUACCUAUAGGGUUAACUAACGUAAUCACGUUAAGCCCUUUAAGUUACUUUUACAUUAAAGAGAAGGUGCAAUAUUAGAAAAAAAAACAUAUCUGUAUUAUUAUCAUCAAUUUAAUUUCCAUAUCGAGUGUCCCAAAUUCGAAUCAUAUUCAUUUAGGUAACAUUUAAAAUUAGGCGUAUGUACGACGUCUCUAUAUAUGUAUGUAUAUACAUGUUAAUUAUUUAUAUAUAUAUAUAUAUAUAUAUAUAUAUAUAUAAACACAUAUAUAUCAUAUUAGCCGAUAAACUCGUGCGGGAAACUUUGUAAUAAAAUAUAUCUUCGUUAAACGAAGAUAGAAAGUAAAUAUAUGUACGUUUGAAAAUAUCUAAUUCGUUUUAUAUCAACGUUAAUGAAAAAUUUAAUUAUUAUCAAAAUUAGAAAAAAAAUGUAUGCGUUAGGAAAAUGCCAGCUGGAUUUAUUUGUUUUCUCAAUAUACUUCGUAUACAUACAUAUCUCUCAAUCGUAUUUAUUUAUUUAUUUGAUACGAAUUUGAUCAUUGAUUUCAAGUUUCACGAACGAGUUCGAGGCACGUUCGUACCUACUCGUCAAUAUUCAGUGGCGUAUCGCGAGGAACAAUUAAAUCAAUUAUUAGCACGAUUGCGAUUGAGACACUAAAUUUGGUGUAUUUUCAUCGUAAUAAAGAGGCCGUGUUACGGAUUUUCAAACUUCUAUCAUUUCUAAUAAUCUUAUUCACAUCACAUUCUCUCUUAUUAUCUCGAUUAAUUAAAUCCUAAAAUAUUUAUUUAUAGAAUAUAAAUCCCGAUUUAUAACUAAUCCGAAAUUUCCAAAUUUUUUAAAUAUAAAUAUUACAGAAUUAUAUAUUAUUAUAACUUUUGACUCGUCACGGCCUUGAUAAUCGUCAUGAGUGCUUUGAGUUUACAGUGCCUGAACUUAACAAUUUUUAAAUCCCCUUGUAACGCGAAACUUAUAACGUAUGUAUACCUCCAAACUCAAAAAAUUGUGUAUUUACUCUUAAUUAACAAACAAACAAAAAAGAUAUAAAAAACGAAAAAGUACGUAGAUAUAACCCUAAAUAAUAUAUAUAUAUAUAUAUAUAUAUAUAUAUAUAUAUAUAUAUAUUAUAAAUAAUACAGCAUACAUAUUAUAUACAUGUAACGUGAGUACAUCUACGAAGAUAAUAUUCUACUCGUUAUGGUCGUUUGGAUAAUUGCAUCGUAUCAUUUUUACGAGCUGGCCUCUAAUAAUAAAAUGAACAAAACAAAAGCAAGACAAAAAAGAAAAAAAAAAAGAAAAAAAGAAAAGAAAAUAAUAAAAUAAAAUAAUCUUUGGAUUAGCCGGUAGUUAUUACGUAAUAUGAUCGAUGAAUUAAUUAAUUACUUAUUGCAAUGAGAUCAGACUUAUCAUCCUACGAUCACUCUGACAUAUCUGAGAGAAAAUAAUAACAAGAUAAAUGGAUUACUUGUUUAGAAAUAGGGCCGUUGGUUGACUCCGCGUCUUCUCUAAGUACUUUAAAAAAAAAAAAAAAUAAUAAAUAAAUAAAACAAAAACAACAAAAAACGAAUAAAACAAAACAAAACAAAAAAAAUAAUAAAAAAUGAAAAUAAAAUAAAAAUAUACGAAAAGAAGCCGAGAAAAUAUUAUGAAAGAAAGAUUCUACUUCU